CGCUCCUGCUCGCAGAUCAACGCUAAUAGUACGUGCUACAUACGGAAUGACCGCCGUUUGCCAGGCCGUUCAAGGCCGUUGAAACGAAACGGCGGGCAGCUUCGUAGUAGUUUUUUCCGUGGUAAAUUAUCAAAGAAUCUUCUUUGUUCUAUGGACCUCUGCCAACUGACUGUUCCGUAAGAAGUCGUUACUUCUCCGCCAUAAAUGAAGCUAAGUAGCUUUGCACCGUCGUCAGGAGUCGCUGUUCAGCCUAAUGUACGAUGUUUAGUUGGGUUGUAUGGAUCUCUUAAGGAUUCCAGCUUUGAAAACCUCAAUCGACUAGUAGAAGAAGAUCGAGAUGAACAAGAGAUUUUGCGAUAUGCGAUAAGUCACGAAGAGUCUGAUGAAGUUCGAUUUUUAGUUGGAUCUCAGUCUCUGAAGCCACAAGGUAGUCAGGUCACUUUGGUAACACUUGUGGAGUCAUUAGAUAUCGACUUAAAAAAACAGACUUUUUCACAUCCGAAUGGAGAAGUUACUUCAUUGGUUACACUGGCAUCUAAACCAGAUUGCUUUAUAUCACUGUCAGCAUCAUAUUCGAAUGAACGACCAGAACUUCGUAAUAGUGCUCGACUUUGGAGAAUACCUAAUCUUAACGAAAAUUUAUUAGACGAUGCUAUGAUUGAAUCAAAUCUAUCAAAAUCACCAGUAGAUAACAAUAAUUCAUCUACGGCGAAUAAUUCAUUGGAUUAUGUAACUACACUACCAUUAGAUAAAUAUCAUAGCAUCAAAAGGAUUACAUCACAUCCGUCUAGUACGUGCUGUGAUUUAGCCUGUGUUGUCGGACCACCUAUUGAAAUUCCUGGUUCAGCUGCUUAUUCUUCCCUCGUAACCACUGCAACGACAAGCUAUUUAGUCAUACUUCAAGCUUCAUCAAAUUCAAAUUCUAGUGAUUAUCAAAUCAGUACAAGUGUACAGUUAUAUUUACCACCUUCAUCUCCAAGUGAUAGUUUACGUACAAAUAUGAAGUCAUCAACUGGUUGUUUAUCGACUACUGCAUCACCUAACGCUAUUCGUUGGUCUCCACAUGAACAUUCAAAUCAACUUGCAAUAGCUUUUGAUAAUGGUAUAUUAGGAUGGGAUGUUCGAUGUAUGAAGCCUAGUUUCUGGAUGGAAAAUGCCCAUUGGCCAUGUGUUAGAGACAUUGAUUACAAUCCUCAUCGUCCUAAUCUGUUAGUAUCCGGUGGAGACGAUGGAAUCAUGAGACUUUGGGAUCUUCGCUAUUUACGCACAAGAUAUCGCUGUCUGUCUACCACUGCCGCUGUUUCAGCAAAAAACACAGCUAUUUCAAAUGCAUCUGAAAGAAUUAUGCAAUACGGCACGGAACCAACUGUUCAGCCUUUGUUCGCAAUCGCAUCUCACUCUCAUUGGGUUGGUUUCUUUUCCGAUGUCCCACUCCUAGCACAUAUUUUGAAGUCAAUUAAAUGACACAUAUUUCUAUUUUAUUGACAGUGUGUAAGAUUCAUCAGCUUUAAAAGUUUAUUUCGGAAUUGAAGCUUUUAACGAUAAACACAUCAAUCUCGCACUACGCGUUUAUUACCACUGCAAGUUAACCAAAAAAAUGAAGAUACAAGUAUAUUAUAUUGAUGACCUUGGUCGACUUACCAACCAAUCAGGAAGCACUGUGUAGUUAUAAAACAGCUAAUAAUAAAAAAGCAGUGGGAUAAUGGUUUUGAUACAACUGAUUGACCCAUACAUGUCAGAUUUUUAAUUGUGGUAAAGAAAAGUGGUUAUGUUUAUGUAUUGUUAGUUGGAUUAGCCUUACGAGUAAAGGUUAUAACCUUACAUGGUUUUCAUCAUUAAUUGGCGUUAGCUGUAAUUACUAAAUAAAGGCUUAGGCUAGGUAACAAGAGUUAAGUUAGAACUAUUUAUUGGGAUUAUUAGUUAAGGUCAAUGUUUUCAUCAUUAACUGACGUCAGCUAUAAUGCAAUAAUGCUUUGGAACAUUGUUGUUUACUUUAGAGUUGAUAUUGCAAGUCAGGGCUUAGAGUGGAAAAAUACUAUCCAGCUGCUUAAACACCACUGACUGUGCAUUGAUCCAUACCAAGCACUUUAACACAAUAUCCAUAUCAAGAACAGGUAUUCCUUGAAAUUUAACUUAAGUACCGUGUCAUAUUCACUGUGUAUGGUAGAUAUUUCAAUCAAAACCAAACGUUUUAUCAAUCUUAUAUUAUCAACUUUCAUUUAGUUAAGAAUAAUAUACAAGCUAUUUUACAACACGCUUUCAAUUUCGCGCAAAAUCCAUGAGACGCUAUUUUAAUUCUGAUUGUUUACUUCAAGGCCGUCAAUAUAGUAUACAUUUACCACAAAUAAUUCGUUUGCAUUUAACCACUAUACGUACUAAUACUGUCCUGACACCAAUUUUAUUAUUUUGGUUCCAUUCACUACCUUUACACUUGACUCAUUUUUACGAGAUAACAUAAAACCUACAGUAAUCCAAAAAAGCACAUUGAGAAAUGAGAAAAAGUUAAAAAAAAAUGGGAUCAGUCGAUUGUAAUUUAUUGUUAGAAAUAUUUUCACAAUUGAUUUAUAAAUGUAAGGAUGGAUGGUAUGUACAUUAACAACAGCCAUACUUUUUAAAAUUAUCGGUCUAGAGUUCUUCAGACAAUCCAGACUAGUGCUCAUUAGCUUUGUUAUUUAUUUUUAUGUCUUGAUUUAGGAAUGUUUCCAUUCAUUUCUUACUGCACCCAUUAUCGUACGUCCCCAUAGAUAAGGCCUGGAUACGUAAACAUUAUUUCUCGAUUAUCUCGUACAAUAUAAACCCAUAAUCACAAAUAUUAGUUUAUCUUUUGUGCUAAAAAUCAUGAUUCAUUUAUCUCUCAUUUACUAGCUCCCAUUAUAACUGAGUGAUAUUUCAGAGGCAUUGAUGGUUAAAUCAUAAUUUUAAUGUUGUUAUGGUGUCCAAUGUAUCAAAAAUUGUCUCACGGUUUUAUAGAAAACAAUACUCCAUCCACUCAGUGGUUACAUGACAAGUAGUUUGUAUUUAUAAAUGCCCGCUAAUCUUUUAAUAUCAAUAAAUGUUUCUGAGCGCUGAUAAUAAAAUCACUCGUAUUUCGAAAUCUAUGUUGAAAAAAACAAUUAUUUUUGUGUAUAUAUACCUGUAAUGCGUAGCAGCUAAUUUAGUUAAAAACAACAGAUCGCAUGUUUUGACACUUCUCUUUCAUUUUGGCGAACCAGAUGACAUCAUCAGUCACAUAAUGUGCCUCAAAGCCUAGUUCUUACACUUGGUAAAUGAUGUAUAUUACACAACGAUCCUACUCAUAAGUUAUUUCCAUUUCGCAAAGUUUUUUUCGACCGUGUAUGGGAUUCCUCAUCAGUUCACAUUCCUGACCUCAUGAAGAACUGAAGUCAGUGCCUUUUGAUUUCGUACCAAGCACGUUACUGUUCAGUUGUGUUAUUAAUAUGGAGUAACAUUCAUUUCGUAUUUGUCUGAUAUUCUGUCGUUUACUUUUUUCUACAAUCAACCAUUACUUGUAAUUGUCAUUACCAAGGUUUGAUUUGAUAAUUUCGAAUAAAUUGAGCAGUGGGUUGAUUGUUAUAACUUCAAGUUAAAUCGGCAAUAGCAGUUCAUGCCAUUUUCAACAACCACCAAAUCGAUUUUAAAAAUAUCAAAAUAUUGCAAAAAGGCUUUUCCAACUACAAAGAAAGGAGGGUAGCUGAGGCGUUCCAUAUAAUGCUUAAUCCUACUUCUCAGAAUGUGUUUUGUGGAGAUUUUUAGAAAUUUUCACAGAUUGAACUCAUGAGUC